AGAUUCCCCCAUCUGCGUCUCCCAUCGUCCCUAGCAUCCCUGCCGUGGCUGUCUUCGUGCAGCUCCUUGUCCUCGCGUUCCUCGAGGCGUUCUGGGUCCUGGAGGUCUUGGGUGUGCUCAGUCCCUUCUGUUGCAUGUCUCUACAGGAGGAUUGAAGACUGCCUGCCUCCCCUGGAGGACUCUCCAUCCAAGAGGUUCUCUCCCUCCAAGCGAAAGCAGUAUUAUAUCAACAAGGCCAUCCGCAACUCGGACCUCAUCCCCAAAGCCAAGGGGCGCAAGAGCCUGCAGAGGCUGGAGAACACUCGAUAUCUGAUGACGCUUUUGGAGCGAGAUGAAUGUGGGAAUGACGAGGGAGAGCUUGCCCGCUCCGCUACCCCGAGCAUCUUCGCCGAGGCCUGUAACAAUGAGACCUACGUGGAGAUCUGGAAUGACUUCAUGAACCGGUCAGGAGAAGAGCAAGAGAGAGUUCUGCUCUACCUGGAGGAGGAAGCCAGGAAGAAACAUGAGAGGAAGCUGCCUGUGAAGAAUGAAGACAAGUGGAAAGAGCACCCUGCCUACACGCCCAAGGAGUGCUUCCAGCGCAUCAGCCGCCGGCUUCGCUCCACCCUGAAACGGGGCAGGAUCCCCAUGGGGACCCUGGAGUGCCUGGAGGAGGAGCUGCUGGCCUUUUUCUCCGUCACCCCUCACUCAGUCUACACAGCACUGAUGGACAACAGCUUCGAGCGACUCCUGCUCCAUGCGCUCUGCCAAUACAUGGACCUCGUCUCUGCCAGUUCAGACAUCGAAGGGAAACGCCAAAUGAAAGUGAGCAACAAGCACCGCGUCUUCCUGCCCCCCGAGCUCUUGCUCUCAGACUACCUGGAGCAGAUGAGCUGAUACGCCGAAGGAUGCCCUGCCCCUCGCUUGGUGUGCUGAAGGCUUUGUCCAUCUGCUCCUGGCCUCUCCCAGUCGCUUGGUCCCUGUCACCCGGAUAAGCCUGGUCUGCCGCUCGCCUCUCCCCUUGCGCAGCGCAGGGACCACAAGGCGCAGUGUGGAUCGGCUCCCUCCAUGUGCCCUGCUUCGGGGCUCUUCCCUUCCCCACCUCCAAGAGCAGAUGCUCGAGAUGACAGCCGCGAUACGUGGUGCAGAGCAAGGGGCUUGCAGCCAUGCCCUCCGUCCCAAUGUAGCCCCGGGCCUGCUCCGAGGAACAGCGCUCUGAUUCCCUCAGGAAUACGUCGACUCGGCCCACAGGCUUGGUCACCGGCACGUGCACGAGGUGUGACCACAGUCUGGACAGCGCAGGGCUGAACAUGGUGCACGCUGCCGUCCCAGCCUCUCCGGGUGCAGCCGAGGGGUGGAGAGGUGGGGUGAGACCUGCUCAUCUUGUCACACCAAGGUGGAAGCGUUUGCUCAGCUGCUGGCAUGCUUUCUGCAGAGGCCAGAUUGUCUUUUUUUUUUUCCCAGGCCAGCGCUCUCUGUUCUUAAUCUGGCAGAGAGACUCCAGGCUGCAUGGUGCUGUGAGAUAUCACCAUGCUCAGGGCGCAAGGCGUGGGCAAAGCAGGUGCCUAUCUGCCGUGCUUGCCCUGUUUCCCUGGUUGCUGCACUAUUUCCCAGCAGGAGCUGCUCUGCCUGGAAGUGUUUGUGAGUCUAUUUAUAGCCCAGAUGCUUUUAAAAAUGAGCAGGCUGGACCAAAACCACCUUUGGCACUGUGAUGCUUCCGGGGUGAUUUUGGCCCAGGUAUUUCUAUGAUGAAAUAGUUCCUCACAGCUGCUGACUUCCUCGGCUCAGAUGUGGCUGAGCAAACGCUGAGCAAGUGGAAGAGCCUCCGAUCUGUCGCCCUCUUGAAGGGGAAAGUGCUUUGCUUCAGGACCAGCAGUUUGACACCAGUGAUGGAGCUUAUGGUAAAGCUCAGCCCCUGCCCAUCUCCUCAGUAAAGGGACUGAAAGCAGCUUUGUGAGAAAAGAGCUGCCUCGGUUCUGGAGUCACACCCAAGACCAAGGACUGGAGAGUGAUCCAGAGGAGCAAGAACAUUUGGACCUGGGUUGAUAGGGACGGGAAAGAGAUUUCUGCCUAAAGGGAAGCCUCUGGGCCUGAGCAGCAGGACUGGGCAUCCCUUCCCCGGUCUGAGCUCCGGGACUCUUGCCCCGGUGUUUAAGCGCCGCAGCGGGAGGCAAAACUCUCCUGCAGAGCCCCCUUGGUCUCCCGGCCAGCCUGGUCCGAGCUGCUGCUGCUGCUCUGGUUUGCAGUUGGUGUGAGAAGCUGGUGCGCAGACCUGCCUUUUAUAUUUGGGGGGUAAUGGGCUGUUUUUAAAUGUAACAUAGUGUGUCUUUUAUAUGUUUGUGUGUGUGCGCCAGCACAGCUCUGGGCUGUGUGGUCGGAGCUCCUGCUGGUUGCCCGUCUUGCUUGGCUGGGGCAGGGCUCAGCCUCCCGGCGUGGUCGUGCGGGACGGGCGAGGGUGCUUGUGGGUGUUGUGUGUCCUGUGUGUUGGUGCGUGUCUCUGCUAUGUGUCGAGGGCUCCUCUCGUGUCUGUAGCAGCUAGAGACAUGCAGGACGGCGGAGCUCGCUCGGCCGGGCAGAGGAGCGCUGCUGAGGACGGGGCAGCGGCGUGCUGAGCCGUUGCCUGCCGGGGAUGGAGGGGGGCUGGGGGGGAAAGCCGGGAAAGUCGUCGCUCCUCUCGUCUGUUUGCGUGAUGUGGAAACAGGUGGCGUUUAUGCAGGAACAAUAAACCAUGGUGCUCCUGA